AGUCGCAAUUUCAGACAUGACGCGAGUAACGCGUCGAGUGCUCCAAAUGAGCGAUCGCGAGCUGGCAGCUGUGAUUGCGGUCGCUAUGCCUGGUCGAAAAAUCGAAGACUUGCGAAGAGAUGAGCGGCAAGAGAUUUGCAUAAAAUGGCUAUUCGCAAAUGGUCUAUCGAUUAAUCACCAGUUUACGAUCGAUAUAGAAGAUGACGACAUCUACGUACUAAUGAGUAAUAAAAAUUCAUGCGAGUGUUGCGCCAAAGAUACUGAUGUAGUGUCAGUAAAGCAUUUUGAUAGCGGAGCGAUUGGAACAAGUCUAGCGAUUUUUAACAAACUCGAAGAAGAAGGCGUUGUGCAAUUGCAGUUGCCUAUAAGGAAAGACACUCCUGGAUCAUAUUCGCAAACCAGUUUAGCGGUACCAAGGGUUCACAAAAGAACCAAUUCGGAUGGCAAUAUUCCCGCCUCAAAGCCUAAGCCAGCGGCUGGUCAGGUGCAUCCAAUAACCACACAACCCAAAGCUCAGGACUUUGACGCAAAAAAUCGAUCCAAACUUGAAAAGCCAAAGGAAGAAGAAAAAGAAAUGAAUUGUUGCAAAUCCUUAUAUCGAGAAUUCAUGUCAUGUUGCUUCCAAUUAUGGUCGCUGUGCUGACGAUGACGGUUCUGACUUAAGAAUUCGAUCUCCGCUGUCUUAUAAGAGAAUUAUUUAGAAGCAUUAGUAUGAUUAGUACAUUUAUUUUUAUGUGAAG